GGCCGUUCGAAGUUCGUGAUUGUGACAACCCACGCGACAAUAACGAUUCCUCUAGCGCACCUGCAAGAACAUAGGUAUCUGGACGCGACGGAACCGUUUACGACAUGGCCAAGCGUACGGCAGACGAAGAGAGCGCCGCUGGCCCGCUCAAGGCCGGAGGUCGCCCCGAUGCCAUGGACGUCGACGAUAAGAACAACGACAUGGGCGAGUUCGAGGACGAGUUUGAAGAUGAAUUCGAAAGCGAGGACGAGAUCAUCGAGGCUGGCGUUGACGGGAGGCCAGAUGCGGAGCGGGAGGCAGAGGAAGCAAUGGACCUUGAUCCCGCUGCGCCAGGGACCUUCAUUGUCGGCAGGACGAAGCUCGACCCCGGCCAAACCCUCUCCCCAGACCCAACAACAUACCGCAUGCUGCACAACCUAAGCACUCCAUGGCCUUGUCUCUCCUUUGAUAUAGUCCGCGACGGCCUGGGCGAAAAUCGCAGCGUCUAUCCCGCGACCAUGUACACGGUGGCCGGCACACAAGCCGACAGCGCAAAGGCCAACGACAACUCGAUUCUGGUCAUGAAGUUCAGCGGCCUGAGUAAGAUGCAAGGCGAAGACGGCGAGGAGUCGAGCGACGACGACGACGACGACGAUGAAGACACCGACCCCAUCCUCGAGCACAGGAGCAUCCCCCUGAACUCAACCACAAACCGGAUACGAGCACACCAAACGCCGUCGCAAGACCCUACCAAGCCCCCAACCACCCUCACCGCAACCAUGACCGAAUCCACAAACGUCCUCAUCCACGACAUCACCCCGCACCUCACCUCCUUCGACACCCCCGGCACGGUCGUCACCCCCCAACAAAACAAGCCCCUGUGCACCAUACGCGCGCACAAGUCCGAGGGGUACGCCGUGGACUGGUCACCGCUGCACGCCGCAGGGAAGCUCUUGACGGGGGACAACGACGGGCUGAUCUAUGUGACAACGCGGACCGACGGCGGGGGGUUUGUCACAGACACGCGGGCCUUUCAAGGCCACACCGCCAGCGUGGAGGAGCUGCAGUGGAGCCCGUCCGAGGCGUCCGUGUUCGCGUCGGCGUCGGCCGACGGCACCAUCCGCGUGUGGGACGUGCGCAGCAAGGCGCGGAAGCCGGCCCUCACGAUGCAGGUUAGCGAGGUGGAUGUUAAUGUCAUGUCGUGGUCCCGCCAGACGACGCAUCUCUUGGCUUCUGGAGAUGAUGCGGGUGUCUGGGCGGUCUGGGAUCUGCGGCAGUGGAAACCCGCGGCUGGUGGAGGUGCUGGUGGGAGUGGGAAGCCGACGCCUAUUGCGAGCUUCGACUUUCACAAGGAGCAGAUUACGAGUGUGGAAUGGCAUCCUACGGAUGAUAGCAUUGUGGCGGUGUCCGCGGCGGACAAUACGGUCACGCUGUGGGACUUGGCGGUUGAGUUGGAUGACGAGGAGAGCAGGGAUACUGCUGGCGUGCAGGACGUGCCGCCGCAACUGCUGUUUGUGCACUACCAGAACCUGGCCAAGGAGGUGCAUUGGCACCCGCAGAUACCGGGCGCGCUGGUUGCUACGGGUGAGGAGUUUAGCGUGUUUAGAACCAUCAGCGUGUAA